CUGACUUCUGUAGAAGCCUGAGGAGGACGGCGCUGGAAAUACCCGGUGAGAUGGCUUCCCUGAAGAUGAGGUUGAUAUUUGUUUCCCUCAUGGUGCUUGGAGCCCUUUGCUUGUAUCUUAGCAUGCACAAUCUGAGCCCUUUGAAAGCAAGUCCAUUUUUUUUCAAGAGAGAAAAUGGGGACUUCCUGCAGCUCCCAGACAUGGACUGCAAGCAGCAGCCCCCCUUCCUGGUCCUGCUGGUGACGUCGUCUCCCCAUCAGACGUCAGAGCGCAGCGCCAUCCGCAGCACCUGGGGAGGAGACAGGACGGUCGGAGGAAAACGAAUAAAAACAUUCUUCCUCCUGGGAACCCCGUCGAGCAGGGACAGGUCUCUGGUGGUGGCCCAGGAGAGCCAGCAGCAUCGCGACAUCAUCCAGAAGGACUUUGUGGACGUUUAUGUGAAUCUGACCCUGAAGACCAUGAUGGGAAUGGAGUGGGUCCACCGCUAUUGUCCUCAGGCCGCUUUCGUCAUGAAAACAGACUCUGACAUGUUUAUCAACGUCUACUAUCUGACGGAGCUGCUUCUGAGGAAGAACUGGACCUCGGGGUUUUUCACCGGCUUCCUAAAAAUGGAUGAACUUCCCAUCCGGAAAAAGGACAGUAAGUGGUUUGUGAGCAAAGAGGAGUAUCCGUGGGACAAGUACCCGCCCUUCUGCUCUGGCACUGGCUACGUGUUCUCCAGCGAUGUGGCCACUCAGGUGUAUAACGUUUCUCACGGCGUGCCGUUCCUUAAGCUGGAAGAUGUCUUUGUGGGGCUCUGCCUCGCCAAACUGAAAAUCAGACCUGAGCCCCUUCACACAGAGCAGACCUUCUUCCCAGAGGGCUUAGCCUUUUCCUCAUGUCGCUUCAAGAAGGUUGUGGCCUGCCAUUUUGUCAAGUCUCAAGAUAUGCUGAUAUAUUGGCAUGCUCUGGAGAGUUCCCUGGGAGAGGAGUGUCCAGGUGAUUGA